AUGGACGACCACCCCGGCGGGCUGGCGCCCCUGUUCGACGAUGCGGGCAAGGAUCGAACGUACACGGACACUGAGCUCCAGGAGCUUCUCAGCUUCGUGGAAAACAUGGACAACGCGACGAGCGCGGACGAACUCGCUGGUGGGCUGAAUCAUGUCGGCCUCGGCCUGGCUCCGGCAAACGCCGGCCUGAGCCACCCGGUUCCCCACGCCCCCGUCCUUCCCAUGCGGUUCAACGAGCAGGGAAUCAGCCUGCAGUUUCAACCCGGACCCACGUCGGCGCGCGGACGCGGCCGGGGCGGGCGCGGCGGUGGUCGCGGCGCCGCCCCCGCGGUCGGCAACUUCGAGGCACCCAUGUCUGCGUCGCCCGCGAUCGAAGACGACGGCUCGCAGCGGGUGAGCCACGGUGCGAGCGAGAAGCAGCGGCGCGAUCGGAUCAAUGCGAUGAUCGAUGAACUCCGGAUGCUGGUCCCGGGUCAGGCGGGUGGAGGGGAGGGGAGGCGGAGCAAGUACAUCGUGCUGCAGGACACGAUUAACAUGAUCGCCGCGCUGAAGGCGAAGUGCCAGGCGCAAGAGCGCGAGCUCGUCGCGCUGAGGGCCGCCGGCGCCUCCGAGGGGGCCUCGGGUGGGGUGCAAACGCAGGACCAGCAACAGCAGAUGAUGAUGCUGAUGGGGCAGGAUGGGCAGGGUUUGGACCCGGUGCGCGAGGAAUCGAUCCGAAACCCCGCAAACGGGACGAAUUCAACGCUCAACAGCGGGCAGACGAUCAGCGUGGCGGUCGAGAUGGGCGAGGAGAUUUGCUACGUGAAGAUCAAGGCUCCCGACCGCCAGGGCUUGCUGCAGGACAUCCUCAACGCGCUGCACGCGCUGCCGAUGACAGUUCAACGCGCUGUGGUCACCACGGACAGCGAGAACGGCGUGGUGUUUGUCACCGACAUCUUCGAGCUCAAGAUCAACACCGCCAUCCCGGUCGAGCAGCGCAUCUCACCGGAAGAUGUCAAGACGCACAUACACCAGUCGAUGCACGCGUCUUUCCUCGCGUACGAGAACCCCGAGCUGUAUGCGCGGAAGCGAAAAGGAACGCAGGGCGGGGUGUCCGGUUCGGAUUCCGGAGGCUCCGGGAUCGGCUCGGGGGUCAGAGCGGCCGGCUGA